UUAUGUAACUGCUGCACAUAAAUGGAGCGAAAACAAAGUAUAAACCGCCGCCGCUUCCCCAAUUCUUCGCCCACUCGCUAGUAACCGUAACUCGGUUCUCUUAGGGCAUGUUCACCUCCCGAUUCCGAUUUCCCCAUGUUCAAUCAUCUACUUAACUCCUCGUAGUUCCCAGAAAUUGAAGUUUUGAUGGUUUCCGCCUCCAGAGCCGACGGUUUCAGUAGUGCUACAGUAAACAAAGCAGAGCGCUGAAUUCUCAAUUGGGUCUUCUUCAACCUGGAUGAAUGUCAUUGGGUUCCUUUUAAUUUGAUCCUCGGUGAGUUUUGCAAAGUUCUGGGUUUCCUGGUCCGAUCCGAUUGCAAAUUUUCUUUCGCGUUAGGGCUCAGAUUGUGUAGCCUUGGCGUUGCAUGUUUGUUCGCGACGGUUAGAUUCACAAAUAGGGAUCUGUGUUAUCAUCCCAAAUUACAGGGGAAUCUGGGCAUAUUUCUUUCUGUUGAUCCGUAUUGCUUCUCAUUGACUCGGUUUUGCAAGAUUUUGUUUUCGGUUUCCCGUUUUUGUCAUAGGGAGGAAGGCAUGGCUGGGAAUUCGAGGAAGUCCAAGAGACCCAAGGCGAGCCAUGUAGAUAAAGAAAUUGCUAAACUGAGCGAUUUUCCUGACGAGGUUCUCCAUUACAUUCUGUCCUUCCUCGACACCAAGUCUGCAGUUCGAACCAGCCUUCUGUCCAGGAGAUGGAGAUUUCUGUGGAAGGAUGUUCUGGCCCUCAAUUUCCUGCCAAAAUCCUUCGGUAAGCUGGCAAGUUUCAGAAAGCACGUAUACAGGCUCUUGUCUCUCCGCUCCCACCGUACUCCAGUUCGCAAAGUUAUCUUCAAUGUACGAGGUAUUAAGAGAGAUGAAACACGGGGGCAUAUUACGAAAACAAUAGAACAGAUCGUGAAAUAUGCUUUUUCUCAUGGUGGUGGCGGUCUGGACCAUUUGUCCAUCAUCGGCGAGGACGAGAAUGUGUGCUUCAGCAGAUUUGAUGAGAACAUCACUGCCAGUAAUCAUUUUGCAUCUCUUAAGAGUAUGAAGUUGGAGGGAUGCAAGCUGUGGUGUGUCCGAUUUGAUGACACGGGCUUCAAAUCGUGUACGACACUUGGCUUCAAGAUGCUGACAACUCUGGAACUCCGUGAAUGCCCUCUGUCGUCUGAUUGUCAGGGUCUGCCCUUUGAUUUGGUUGGUGAUCUUCCUUGUUUGAAGUACCUGAAGUUAAUCCGCUGCUUUAUAGACAUUCCUGAUUGUACGUUACUGAUAUCAGGACCUCAGCUGCUUGAUCUUGAAGUUGAGUUUACUAGUCACUACCACUUUUAUGAACUGAUUGCUCCAAAACUCAAAUCUUUACGUUUAUGGGGUGAAUACGUUGAUGAAUAUCUGCCCAAGUUGGAUCUCCCCUGCCUAGAUCAUGCAAAUAUCCGCCUCAAGUGGGAACCAGAUAGUUGGGAUGAUGAUGAUCCAGUAUUGGCCGAGAAGAGUUCUGUAUUUCUGAAUUACUUGUGUGGUAUGUGUAAUGUAGAAUCUCUCAAGCUGUGUUUCGACAAGGUACAGAGAUGGAAUGGGGAUUUGGAAGAGCACCCCUUUCCUCUCAACAGAAUCAAGGCAUUAACCGCGCACCAGGCCUCUCCCUUUAAUAGAUUGAAGACCUUGACGAUACAAUGUGCGCACCAGCAGUACCCGCCAAACAUACCUUAUCAAGUGAUUCGAUAUUUUCUCGAAGGCUCUCCAAAUACUGAAGAAAAGUUUGUUAAGCUCGAGAUGCUUGCUGAUUAGAAAGCGCUGCUGAUUUUAUGCUGUUAAAAGUUGUAGUAAUCAAGUAUUUGGAUGAUGUAUGGUGCACAUACUGAUCUGGUUCCAAGGCAUAGUCCAAAGUAAAUAUUUAGGGGUUUACAGUAUUUUAUUUUCUCCUUGAAUGAGACUGUUUUUGCUUCUUCACUACCUAGAUGCAGAAUUUCUCUGGAGAUAUUUAGGUUCACUUCUGUUUUUCUGACUGUUUUACAUUCCUCCUCUGCUUAAGUAUGUAUGAACCAUUACUUAGAGUUAUUUAGAUGAAUAUCUCCAG